ACAUGACCCGUCAACGACAGCACAUCAGAAGUCAUCGGAUAUCCUCUGAUGAGUUUCAUAUGAUCCAAUAAUAUUCCUAUACCGGCGGCCGCGUCUGCAGACAUCUUCCGGGUCGGUAGAAAGUUCGCCUGUGCUGCACAGAGCCAGGACUGUCUGCAAAGGAGGGGUGCUGCCUGUGCUGUUGAGCUCCUCCUGGUGUGUGAGUGUCGGGUGUGUGUGCACCAUGGCGAGCCUCCUACGUGUUCUGACGGCCAGCUGCUCGGCCCCUGUGUUCAGCGGGGUUUCCUCUGUGAAGCUGCAGAGCGGCCGUACGAUUAAAUCAUCAUGCCUUCGCUUUUUCAGGACCCAUCAAGUUCUUGGACGGUGCGCAAGUCCAGGUAUUCCAUACAAACAACUGACAGUAGGCGUUCCCAAAGAAAUUUUACAGAAUGAACGUCGUGUGGCGCUGUCUCCUGCUGGUGUCCAGGCUCUCAUCAAACAGGGCUUCAAUGUCGUUGUGGAGUCCGGAGCAGGCGAGCCUUCCAAGUUCGCCGAUGAACAGUACACCCAGGCUGGAGCAACAAUUAAAGACAUUAAAGAUGUCUUGGCAUCAGAUGUGGUGGUUAAGGUCCGUGCUCCCACUUUCAACCCUACUUUGGGUGUCCAUGAGGUGGAGAUGAUGAAGGACGCAGCCACUUUAAUCAGCUUCAUCUACCCAGCUCAGAACCCUGAGUUGAUGGACAUGCUGUCCCAGAAGAAAGCCACCAUCCUGGCUAUGGACCAGGUUCCUCGAGUCACCAUCGCCCAGGGUUACGAUGCACUGAGCUCCAUGGCAAACAUUGCAGGGUACAAGGCAGUUGUGCUGGCAGCUAACAGCUUUGGUCGCUUUUUCACUGGACAGAUCACAGCAGCUGGAAAAGUGCCACCUGCAAAGGUGCUGAUCAUCGGAGGUGGUGUGGCUGGAUUGGCAGCUGCUGGCACUGCCAGGGCUAUGGGAGCAAUUGUCAGAGGAUUUGAUACCAGAGCUGCAGCUUUGGAGCAGUUUAAAUCUCUGGGCGCAGAGCCGUUGGAGGUGGACAUUAAGGAGUCAGGAGAGGGCCAGGGAGGCUACGCCAAAGAAAUGUCAAAGGAGUUCAUAGAGGCAGAGAUGAAACUGUUUGCCAAACAGUGUCAGGAAGUGGACAUUGUCAUCAGCACAGCCCUGAUCCCUGGUAGGCGGGCACCUAUCCUGAUCACCAAACCAAUGGUAGAGAGCAUGAAAGAUGGGUCUGUGGUGGUGGACUUGGCUGCUGAGGCUGGAGGAAACAUCGAGACCACAGUUCCUGGAGAGCUGUCAGUACACAAGGGUGUGACCCAUAUUGGCUACACAGACCUGCCCAGCCGUUUGCCAACACAGUCCAGCACCCUGUACUCCAACAACAUCACUAAGUUGAUGCGGGCAGUCAGCCCCGACAAGGACAACUUUUUCCUGGAUGUCAAGGAUGUGUUUGACUACGGGACCAUGGACCACGUUGUCAGGGGAUCCAUUGUCAUGCAGAAUGGAAAGAACCUGUUCCCCGCUCCUCAGCCCAACAACGUGCCCGUUGCAGCUCCACCUAAACCCAAGUCUGUCCAGGAACUGGAGGCAGAGAAGGCUGCACAAAUCUCCCCCUUCAGGGCUACACUCACCACUGCUGGCGUGUACACUGGAGGUGUUGCCACCCUGCUGGGUCUGGGUCUGUCGGCCCCUAACGCUGCCUUCACUCAGAUGGUCACCACCUUUGGCCUCGCUGGCAUCGUGGGAUACCACACAGUGUGGGGGGUCACUCCUGCCCUGCACUCUCCGCUCAUGUCUGUCACCAACGCCAUCUCAGGUCUGACGGCUGUGGGUGGUCUGUCCCUGAUGGGAGGCGGCUACACCCCAACAACUACUGCUGAGACACUGGCUGUGCUUGCCGCCUUCAUCUCCUCAGUCAACAUUGCUGGUGGUUUUCUGGUGACUCAGAAGAUGUUGGACAUGUUCAAGCGUCCCACUGAUCCUCCAGAGCAUAACUACCUCUAUCUGCUUCCUGGCGGUGUCUUUGUUGGAGGCUAUGCUGCUGCUCUACAGUCUGGAUACAACAUUGAACAGAUGAUGUACUUGGGCUCAGGUAUGUGCUGUGUUGGUGCCCUGGCUGGCCUUUCCAACCAGACCACAGCCCGUCUGGGUAACGCUUUGGGGAUGAUGGGAGUUGCUGGGGGGAUCGUUGCCACUCUGGGUGCCCUCAAACCGAGCCCUGAGCUUCUGGCACAGAUGAGCGCGGCCAUGGCUGUAGGUGGCACUGCUGGCCUGGCCAUUGCUAAGAGGAUCCAGAUCACUGACUUGCCCCAGCUGGUGGCUGCCUUCCACAGCUUGGUGGGGCUGGCAGCUGUGCUCACCUGCGUGGCCGAAUACAUGAUCGAGUACCCCCACUUCGCCACAGACCCCGCGGCCAACCUCACCAAGAUAGUUGCGUACCUUGGCACCUACAUCGGCGGAAUCACUUUCAGCGGCUCUUUGGUGGCAUAUGGCAAGCUUCAAGGUGUGCUGAACAGUGCUCCCUUGAUUCUCCCUGCUCGUCACGCCCUGAACGCCACUCUCAUGGCAGGCAGCAUCGGUGGGAUGAUUCCCUACAUGCUGGAUCCCAGCUACACCACAGGCCUCACCUGUCUUGGGUCUGUCUCCGCUCUCUCGGCUGUCAUGGGUGUAACCUUGACAGCAGCUAUUGGAGGUGCUGACAUGCCAGUGGUUAUCACCGUGCUGAACAGUUACUCAGGCUGGGCCCUGUGUGCUGAGGGCUUCUUGCUCAACAACAACCUGCUGACCAUCGUUGGAGCUCUCAUCGGGUCGUCUGGAGCCAUCCUGUCAUAUAUUAUGUGUGUGGCCAUGAAUCGUUCGCUGGCUAACGUGAUCUUGGGAGGCUACGGCACGUCCUCCACUGGUGGAGGAAAGCCCAUGGAGAUCACAGGCACACACACCGAGGUUAACGUGGAUCAGACGGUCGACAUGAUUAAAGAGGCCCAGAACAUAAUCAUCACUCCAGGUUAUGGACUCUGUGCUGCAAAGGCCCAAUACCCUAUUGCUGAGUUGGUGAAGAUGCUCAGAGAUGCUGGCAAGAAAGUCAGGUUUGGUAUUCACCCGGUGGCUGGCCGUAUGCCUGGUCAGCUCAACGUGCUGUUGGCUGAAGCUGGUGUCCCAUAUGAUAUUGUUCUUGAGAUGGAAGAGAUUAAUGAGGACUUCCCCGAGACUGACCUGGUCCUGGUGAUCGGUGCCAAUGACACGGUGAACUCAGCCUCCCAGGAAGACCCCAACUCCAUCAUUGCUGGUAUGCCUGUGCUGGAGGUCUGGAAGUCAAAGCAGGUGAUUGUGAUGAAACGUUCCCUGGGUGUUGGCUACGCAGCUGUUGACAACCCCAUCUUCUACAAGCCCAACACCGCCAUGUUGCUAGGCGACGCCAAGAAGACUUGCGAUGCCCUGCAAGCCAAGGUCCGCGAGGCCCAGAGCCAGUAAGGCAGGGAGGAGGGGCCGGGGGGGAGGGGAUGGGAUGGGGCUCUGCUCCAAACAGAAACCUCCGACGAAGAACACUCAUGGAGCGAGGAAGGUGGAAGCUAAUGAGGCAAAGUUUUUCCAGAAGUAUUUCAGCAUCAUGAUCAUCUUUGUCUAUUUGUGACUCUAUCAAGUGAGCAAAGAUGAUCAUUUAGAAAAAGAUAUUUGGCAAACCCUUCCUAUGAUCUGUAAAUAAAAGAAAUGACAAAGUUUGUUGUAAAAAUGUAUGCAUGUGCAGUAGGAGCUGAGCAAUGCAGAUACUGUAGAUUUGUUAAUAUACUUAAAUACAGAUGUUUCUCUUUGUUAUUUCUUUUAUUUCUAGAUAUUAAAGGAAGGGUAUGUCAACAAUGUGCACGUGCUCUGUGUAAUCUUGGGAACACCUGGCAGGAGUGUCAUCUUCCUGUUAGACAACAAUAUUAAUGUUAAACAACAAUCAGAGAUGUAGAUGAAUUAAGGUGUUUAAUAGUUCACUGUUAAAAUAUUUUUAGGAAAUAGUCAGUCGUUAAAAGAAAAUGUUUCAUGUUUUGGAAUGAAUAAGGAACAAAAGCAGAGAUAUAAAGGUGAACCACCAGAGAGAGAGGUAUGAGACUUAAGCACUAAUGUUUCACUCUGUACAGAGUUUCCUCCACGUUUUUCUCCAGAGUUUUGUUUAGUUUAGUUUUUUGUUAUAGUAAGGUAAUCAAUAUUCCCUUUGAUAGAUCUACUUGCUCAAAUGCUUGUGUCAGACACAGUGUGUUCUCCUCUCAAUACCUUCUUUUUCUGUACAAGUAAAAAGAAAAAAAGCAAUAUAGUGCAACAUUUUUUGUAAAGUUCUUUCAGUUCACGUUUUAUACUGUAUUGGGAGAUUUUUGUAUUCGGUCUAAUAAUUAUCAUAAACCUAGAAAAUAUCUAUGUGAUUGCGUUUUAGAAGCCAUAAUCAGUUAGCGAAAUCUAGUCAUGCUAUUUGCUUUUUUUCUUUUCACUUGAGUGUGUCUUGUGGCCUCCACCUAUGCCUCUAGAGCAGCAAUCACACACAGAUCCAAAAACAGUUUCAAAAUCCGUUCAGACCUCAUCUAUCGAGCAAUUAAGGCAAUAAACCAAAUGGAUCUGACCUUUAAGCUUGACUCCGCAGCUGUCCUAUAGUGCUAGUAAAGACUGUACCCCUAUAAACAAACACUCAUGUAGCUCUGAUAGCUGAAUGGAUUUUAUGACGUUUUUGAAUCAAGUGUGUCCUAUCAUCCUGUGUUGUUGACAUAUUACAGUACAUGUGAUGAUAGCUGUUGGCCUUUUCAGUAAGAAGAAGGGUUUGUUUGCUUUUUUCCUAAGUGAAUGUGGCUCAUCCACUCCAAAAUGUGUCCUCAUUAUUGCUCUAGAGGGAAAUGAAGGAUCACUGUUUGUAAAGUAGGGCCAGAUGUUAAUCUGACUGUGUGAAGAGUCUAAAAGAAAAAUGCAGUUAUUUAAUUGUAUUUCGUUGCCACAUUUCAGAAUACAUGAAUUGUUAUCAUUAAGUGAGGAUUUCUGAAUUGAAGUUGUCCUUUUUUCCUCACUUUUGUCAAAGCCCAACAUUUGUCACAAACAUAAACUUGUGCCAAACCUCCCCCUUUUACGCUCAAUCUGGAUAGAUUCUACGGCACAAAUAUAGAUAGUUUGGCUGCUGUUUAACCACUUGAGUAGUUCAAGAAAGAUCGCUGACAAAUUGACAGUAGCUCCCACUCUACACCUGUCCUCACACAGCUGAGUCAACCAAACUAAAACCACCAGAAACCCAGUCCAUCAAGUUUCAUUUUUGACUGAGGCUGGACUGCUGUCAUUGUUUUUAUUACUUCACUUUCUCUGAGUUUUUAUGGUCAUGAUACAUUAGAUGAAUUAAUAAGAAUUUAUAUUGGUACAUGGUUUGAGGAUUAAUAGCCUAUGAGGUGACAUGUCAGCAGUCUGUGUCACUUUUAAAAUUUAUUCAAGUACUGUAAGAAGUUAGUUAUCCUGGGACCUGAUAUGUUGACCAUGACAACUAUCCUACCUCUCCGUAAAAAUGACCAAUAGCAUUUCAUAGGACCUUCAUCAGACCAAUCAACCUUUUAUUGAAUCUACCACAGGAUGUCUAACGGACCAGUCAUCUUCCAUCUACACACCUUAUAUCCUACACCUGACCAAUUGCCUUCUGUUUUGUGUUGCCAUUUUUAACCAUCAGACCUCAGUUUGCUGCUGGCGAGUUUACUGUACAUUGUGCUAGUGUAGAGCUGCAGAUGUCAUUAGUGCUCAUGAGGGGUUAUUGUUCUUACAUGUCAAUUAACACAAGCAAGCAACUGCAGUCUUUAGGGACUAUUAGAUUGUGAAGUCGGCUUAAUAUUUGUAGCUUGUCGCCAUUUUUCGAGGUGUUGAUCAAAUUAAGAGAUAUGGAAAAUCUUGAUAAUUCUACCAAUAUGCCCCCCCCAAUGCCCUUACCUUUUUUUUCUUCUUAAGGAUAGUAUUUUUGUAAAGAGGCAUCAUAUUUGUGCACAGCAACAGUGGGGUUUUGAAGUUGUACAAUGUUUCAAUGCACCAUGUUAAGGAAAUAAAAUGAUGAAAUGUACUGUGAAUGUUGUUUUUUCCCCCUCUUUUGUUUAUCAUGGAACAUUUUCAUCCCUAAUAAACCUGUAUUUACACAAGA